UUUCCCACCCCCUCCUAGUCCUCGUGUCGUCUGUUCUCCUGUCCCCCCCACCACGAAGUAAAACAAUCAGAUGGCUGCUCUCAGCACCUGUUUUCAGGCUUUUUGUAACGCGUAAAUCUCUUGUUAAAGACCUGACAAUUUUUUAACUCCUGCAUGUAAGGAAUAUAAUUUCUGAUCCUGGUAGUUAACUGCUCACUAAAAUGGCUGAGUGCUUACCAUCAACGUCCAAAAUAUUUGGUGAACCUGGUACAUCCAGUCAACAACCUAAUGCCAGUAGUACCUUAGGAAUGGAUAUUUCUGCUUUAACUGACAAAGCGACCAAAUCUGCUCAGCGCCGCCCGGCUAUGACAGACUACGCUGAUGCCAUUGGGUCUUUAGAAGAGGAAUUGGCUUCAGAGGGCUUAAGACGACGUGUUCCCUGGGAUUCUUUGUCUAUUGGUUCUGAUGUACCUGGUUUGCAUGAUGUAAAGGACCUCCUUGAAGGUGAUGAUGCAUCUGACUUAGUAUCUGAAGAUGAUGGUGUUGGAUGCCCACUACCAAGUACACCUGUUGAACAGGGAUUGCUUGAAUGUGAGAUAGCAGAGGUUCUAAAAGCUGGAGUACUUAUGGAUGAAAUUGAUCUUGGUGCAUUGGCACAUAAUGCUGUUGGCCAGGCAGAAGAAUUUGUGCGCAAGGUUAUGGCAUCAUGGAAAGUUUGCCAUUUCCAUCAUUUACCAAAGUGGCUUCAAGAUAAUGACUUUUUAAAAACUGGCCAUCGCCCUCCACUGAAUUCUUUCAAAGCGUGCUUUUCAUCUAUUUUCCGAGUGCACACUGAGACUGGAAACAUUUGGACCCAUCUGCUAGGAUGUGUCAUGUUUAUCGGAAUUGCUGCAUAUUUUCUAUCAACACCUGCAAUGGAACUGCCACCAUGGGAUAAAGCAGUAUUUGGAGUAUUUUUUGCUGGAGCUAUUACUUGUUUGGGACUUUCUUUCGCAUACCACACUGUGCAUUGCCAUUCAGAGCUUGUUGGAAAACUUUUUAGCAAGCUUGACUACUGUGGAAUUGCUAUGCUAAUCAUAGGAUCCUUUGUGCCUUGGCUUUACUACAGUUUUUACUGCCAGUUUAGUGCUAAACUCAUUUAUUUGAGUGUUGUCAUUGUUCUUGGAAUCUCAUCUAUUGUUGUUUCAAUGUGGGAUCGCUUUGGAGAACCCAAGUACCGACCAGUUCGAGCAGGUGUUUUUAUGGGAUUUGGACUGAGUGGAGUUGUACCUGCAUUCCAUUAUGCUAUUUCUGAAGGUUGGUUCAAAGCCUUGUCACAGGCAUCUCUAGGGUGGCUCAUUCUCAUGGGAUGCUUAUACAUUCUUGGGGCUAUGUUCUAUGCUCUGAGAGUCCCAGAGAGGUUCUUCCCAGGAAAAUGUGAUAUUUGGUUCCAAAGCCAUCAAAUCUUCCACGUUUUAGUCAUUGCCGCUGCAUUUGUACACUACCAUGGAAUUUCUGAGAUGGCCAUGUAUCGGAUGACUAUUGGAGAGUGUGCUGCACAGAAUCCUGCCAUGGCUUUCUGAUGUUAGUAAUGGCCACUAAACUAAGUGCUGGCCUUUUCAGAAUUCAUAUCUCUUACCAAAGGUAAUUUGCCUGAUUAUUAAACCUUCUCAAUUACAAAAUUGCAAGAUAAUUUACAUCGAAUUAUGAAAUUAUAUAUUUAUAUUUUAUAGAAAAAAGAAAGAAAAAGAAAAUGAACUGAUCAAUUUGUUGAUGUGGUGCUUUUAUGUUAGGUAGUUAAAGAAGGUAUCUAUGAAGUAAUCAGUCGAGCAUUGGAGAAAGAUGUAACUGAAAAGAAACAGCACUACAGCUUGGUUAAAUUGUGAUAUUCAGUUUUAUGACAAUCUUCUUUUUAAAUCUUAUUUAUUAUUUCUUUACUUCAAUUAAAAUGUGAUGUGGGUUUUCCUGUUAGCAAUGGGGAUGUAAUUCAAAGCAAUAUUCUUCAUACACGCCUUUCCGUUUACCCAGUUCCAUGGGACCAGUACAAACAGCAUAACAGGUUGAGUUUGUCCUUGAUAUUGUUAAGGAUUAUCUAUUCAUCUUUACUGGUACUUGUUCACUUUUCCAAAUCGUCUAUCCUCCAACAUUUGAUGGCUAGAGGUAAAGUUUCUGGUUGCAUCUUGCUACAAACAUCAGCCAUUUUUUAGUGGUUUAAUAUUAGUUAAGAAUGUAAUCGAAAUGCAGAACAUCGAUUUUAUGUUUUGAAUAAAUAUAUCAAUUACUUAGCGUUUUAAA